AUGGCUGCAAUCACCAUUGACUUUCAGCUCUUCUUCAUCUUGAUACUCCUAUGGCUCCUAUCACGCUUCUGCCUCUCUGCUUUCUUCUCCUUCAAGAAACCUAAAGACAUUAAGCUACCUCCGAGCCCACCAUCUCUACCAGUCAUCGGUCACCUUCACCUUUUCCGAUCUGCUCUAUGUCACAAAUCCUUGAAGAAUCUCUCCUCCAAGUAUGGUCCACUCCUUCACCUCCGCGCUUUCAAUAUCCCAAUCGUUGUAGUUUCAUCGGGAUCCAUGGUCAACGAGGUUUUAAGGAACCAUGGCCUGAACUUUGCUUCCCGUCAAAGCGGGUCGGUGUUCGAAGAAUCUUUAUUUUGUGGAGUUAGUGGGUUUACCUCAGCUCCUUACGGAGAGUACUGGAGGUUCAUGAAGAAACUGUUAGUCACAAAGCUUCUCGGGGCACACUCCCUUGACCGGACACGACUCAUCCGAGAGGAAGAAGUCAAGACUUUCCGCGCUAUUUUGUUUGACAAGGCGGUCAAGAAAGAGGCAGUUGAAGUAGAGAAAGAGAUGAUGAAGCUAACGAAUAACAGCAUUUGCAUGAUGAUAAUGGGGAAGAGAUGCUCAGGGGAGAAUGGAGAAGCCGAGCGAAUUAGAGAGUUGGUGACCAAAACAAUUGGUCUGAUGAAGAAGAUAGUAAUAGCUAUCACGGUUGGCAAACUUCUCAAGAAGGUCGGGAUCUCGCUGUUUGAAAAGGAAUUCAUGCAAGUCUCGCGGAGUUUCGAUGAAAUAAUCGAGAAAAUACUAGUCGAACAUGAAGAGAAUCCGAAAAAGGACGAGGAUAAAGACAUGAUGGAUGUUCUGUUGGAAGUUUGUGCAGACGAAAACGCAGAGUUUAAGAUUACCAGGAACCACAUCAAAUCGCUACUCGUGGAGCUUUUCCUUGGAGGCACUGAUACUUCAGCACAAGUAACACAGUGGGCAAUGGCGGAGCUCAUUAACCACCCUGAGAUUCUUAAAAAAUUAAGACAAGAGAUAGACUCUGUUGUCGGGAAGACGAGGUUUAUUCAAGAAACAGAUCUCCCAAACCUGCCGUAUUUGCAAGCUGUGAUCAAAGAAGCACUAAGAGUACACACACCUUCGCCAAUCUUGGCGAGGAAUUCAAUGGAAGGAUGCAAUAUCGGAGGGUUUUACAUAGCCAAGAACACAACGGUUAUCAUUAACACUUAUGCAGUUAUGAGAGAUCCAAAUUCAUGGGAAGAACCAGACAAGUUCCAACCCGAGAGGUUCAUGGUUGCUCCUCAAAAUGGGAAAGAAGAGAUGAGAGAGCAGCAAGGUUUUAACUACAUUCCUUUCGGGAGUGGAAGAAGGGCUUGUCCUGGAUCAAACUUGGGUUAUAUCUUCACUGGAUUAGCCAUUGGAACAAUGGUACAAGGUUUUAACUGGAGUGUUGACGGCGGUAAGGUUAACACGGAAGAGACUGGAGAUACGAUGCUGAGGAUGGCGCAUCCACUUAUGUGCACUCCUGUUGCUCGAAUUGACCCAUCUGCAAAUCCUUAG